UUACCGGCUCAUCGUACGGACAACUUGUCAAGUUUGCUCGUGAGGACAUCACGUCUAAAAGAACGACUAUAAUUGUCAAGUAAAACUUGUCAAGUAAAAAACUGUCUGUGUAGACGACCCUUUAGUGAAGAGCUUUUAACUUUUUUUAUUAUUGUCAUGGAGAUAGCCGUGGAUGGAGAAGAGCGUCCAAGUUACGACAAGGACAUCGAGUAUGAAUAUGCCCCAAGCAACUACAUAAAGUUGAGCGAAGGAGUGACUCCCGAAGAAGCACUGGAUGCUUACAUACAAGAAUGGCAUAAAAUUAGCAAAAGAGCGAGGGAGGAGUUGGAUGUGGAGUUAAAUGUACCUUAUGCACCGACCAGUGAUCGCACAAGAAUCGACUUCUACCGGUCCAAGUCAGAACAACUGUCUGAAAAUCCUCCUGUUUACAUGUAUGUGCAUGGUGGCUACUGGGAAAUGUGUAGUAAAGAGGAGCAUGGCCUUGUUUCUUAUCCUGCAGUGUCUGCUGGUGCUGUUUCUGCAGUGAUAGACUAUGAUCUGUUGCCUACAGUGACACUUGAUGAGAUUGUGGCUCAGACCAAAGAAGCACUCCAGUUCAUUGCAAAAAAGUUUCCUAACUCAAGGCUGUACUUGGGCGGUCACUCGGCAGGGGCACAUCUUGUGGCCAUGAUGAUGACAAUACAUGACUGGGCCAAUCCUAAGUUUCUCGACCGCAUUAAAGGGGUGUGCCUCAUGGCCGGAAUAUAUGACUUACAACCGCUCCUCCCUAUCAGAGUCCUGCAUGAUCGCAACAUUACAAGAACUAUCGCUAUCAGGAACAGUCCAGAUGUGAUCCUCCGCACCCACCCUCCCUCAUUCCGGUGCCCUGUUAAGCUGAUUAUCGGGGAACAUGAGCCGCCUUCAUUUCACAAACAAACCAGAGACUUUAUGCAGGUCCUGGACUCCCAGCACGUAAGCACGUGUUUCCAUGAAUUGUCUGGAAUGGAUCACUUCUCCGCCGUGUCUGCGUAUGCGGACCAGACCUCACUUGUAUUCAAGGAAAUUCAACGGAUGAUACUCGAGAAAUGAAUUUCAACAGUGCGCGUGUUGAUUUCGUUUAUUGUAAUUGAAAAAUAUUCUAUUAGCUGUAGAAAUGUUUUACAUUACACUACAUACAUUUUGUACAAAUGAACACAAACGUACGCUAGUGCAGGCCCAGUGAUCUUACGCACCUAAAGCAUCUGUUUUCACUCCCCACGGUCAUCAAUAAAUCGUAUCACUUCAAUUCUUGUACGACGUCAGAGUCUAAAUGAUGUCACCACUCUACAUGACGUCAUAAAGCAAAUUGAUUCUAAAAUUGAUCUAAUGACGUCAGUACGACGCGUUCUUGUUGAUUGGCGGGAGGAUCAUGGGCACCUGGCCUGGCCGGGUGCCAAGUGCAUGAUGGGACUGUGGCUUGGUGGUUGCCAUGGAGUGUCCCUGCACUUUCUUGGUGAUGGCUCGUACCAGGUUCCGCGCGUGUUUCAGGCUGUAUGCUGUAAUAGAAUCAAGUAAAGUAAAUACUAAAUGCAAGUCUUCA